AUGCCGUUUCUGAAAGGUGGAAGAUUAGCAGUCACUCGCACCAGGAAGUAUCUCGAGUCUGGUCGAAUUAUAUUGCAAGAUAGCGUGAAAGUUAUUGCCAUUCAUCAUGUUCCUGGAAAGAAAAUCUCCGAAGGAUGUAAUGAAUUGAUCAGAUGGUUCCUACCUCCAUUGCAGUUCAAGAAUCCCAAUGUGCAGAUCCUCACUCUAAAGAACAUGUGCCCAACUCCGUUUAUACAAGUGUUUCUCAACAAUGAGGAGGAACUUGUCAUUGACUGCUCCUUUCGUUCACAUACAGACAUUAACUCUCAUUUGAAUGCAGUUUUGGGCACCUCCCUGCACGGUACCGCAUCUCCUUCCACCGAUCUUCUAUCAAUUGAUAACCCGGCAAAUUUUGGGACCAAACACAAACGCCAAUGCAUUUGCGAAGUUUACGGACAGGUACCUUGUUCGUCACACAUUGGAAGAGCAAGGCCAUGGCCCGGACAAGAACCUCAGCUACCAGUGAUUGAUGGCCUGACCGAUGGAAACAGUUUGAGGUCAAGUAAAACCGAGAAGAGCAUCGCUUGA